CAUAAACAUGCCAUCCAGAGUCGAUCUGCACUAUCAUUGCCCCGCUCAUCUAGAGCUAAGCUGCAUACUAGGUAGAGAUCCUGCACGUCUCCCACCAAUGAGGCGCAGCGCUUCGUGAGGCUGACAAGCCAGGAUGAAAGAUCCUUGGCCUUCCCGACCUUCUGACGCCUCCUCAGCUGACAAGAAGGGAAUAAACAAUGUGGGCAAUGGACAGAAAAGUUCCGCAGCACCAUACGCUUUCCCUUCCCGUGGACGACGACAGCGUCGAUCAGUUAAUGCAAGCCGCUCGGAACGGCCACAUCCACAUCGCGAAACCCUUGCUCUACGGCGUCUCAGCCGACAUCAGAGACCGGACGGGCCGGACACCGCUAUCAUGGAUCGCCUCGUACGAUCUGACCGCCAGGCCAGGAAAUCGCUUUAUCCCUGAGCAGUUUGUGCGGUUUCUCCUGGGGAAAGGCGCUGAUCCGAACCUGGGAGACCUCCACGGCGAGACGCCGCUGCAUUGGGCGGCCAAGGCCGGUGACGACGCUAUGGUGGAUUUGCUGCUGCAGAAUGGUGUCCAUUCCGAUCUGGCGGAUCUGCGCGGCCGCACGCCGUUAUCGCGCGCGGCGGAGCGUGGCCAUUCCGCGGUGGUCAAGCUGCUCUUGACGACGGGCCGGGCGGACGCGGACAGCAAAGACGCUAGAGGACGAACGCCAUUGUCAUGGGCCGCGGAGACCAGACGUCUGGAGACUGCGAGGAUCCUGCUCGACCACGACGCCAGUGUAGAUAUUCAGGACCACGAAGGGCAGAUCCCGCUGUGGUGGUUUAUCAGCCACACGGCCACCGUCCGUACGGUGGAUGAACAACUAGCCACGUCGCCGGAGGACUUCCAGCAAUGGCUAGACCUCCUGGGGUCCAACCAUGGAGUGGAGCCGCUGACAAAAGCGCGCCGUACGUUUCUUUCGUGGGCCUGUGAGCGCGGCGACAAAAGGCUAGUUGAGCAUCUCCUGCGGACGACCUGGGCCGAUCCGAACACCGUCGAUCGGUACAGGAAGACGCCGCUGAUCUACGCGCUGGAGUGGGACCACUAUGACAUUGUCGAACUGCUUCUCUCAGGCGUUGCCGAGUCUGACACGAGACGGAGGGAUAUAGUGUCCCUUCGGAUUAUGGUCCAGGAGGGCCGGUCUCGGAUCCUCAAGUCGUUCCUCGAGCGCUACAAGCCGAGUCUCGAGGAGGAAGACGAGUACGGCUCCUUUUCACUGAUAAGAAUGGCGUUAAGCCAAGGUGACCGCACGACGGUCACAGUCCUUCUAGAGCACAAGGCCACCAUCGAGUGUCUCGAGAACGCCGACUGGUUUGGGCCGUGCAGCACAACCAAUCCGGCCACGGAACUGGUUCCUCUCAAGAUAGGGCACGUAGACAACAGCCAGCACUCAGUUCCCGUGAUGGACAUGACAAUCAAGGAGGCCGACCGCGGCGCGAUUGCCACUCUGUUGCGCCAGCGCGCCAAGUUACUGCAACUCAAAGAGGACGACGAAGAAGGCUACGGCAUUGGACACAACAGGAUACAGGGCAGGGCAAGCACAGCCGUCUACAUCAGGGCUUUGCGCGACGGGCGGAAAAAGGCGCGGUGGAUCUUGAAUAACUUCGUGGACCGCGAAGCUCGCGCCUUGCCGCGGGUGACGGAGGAGACGCACUUGAUGCUCUUCCGAGAGAAUUACGUGUGGAACACGUACUCCCAGGUGGAUCAUUCGCCGAACCAGCUAUUCUACUCUCUCGGCCACAGGGGCCCGUGCAGAACGUUCACCCUGUCCAUCCGGGGAGACGUCAAGAUGCGGAGGGUUCUCUCGCGACGAUAUGAUGCAGACGGCUAUAACAGAUACGAAGACCAUGCCACCCGCACCGUCGAGUGGGUAGUCCUUGAAGCGCCUCUCAAAACGAUCCACUACUUCAGCAACUUGCCGUACGGCUGGAUCCCACAGAACGACGUCGAGCUGGUCAGCCUGUUCAUGCAAACGCUGAGAGACGACUGGAUGACAUUCUGCCAGGAUGCGCGCAACAGCAUGGGAGAACUUCGAUCCCACCAACUGACAGCCCGCGGCAAAGACGACGUCCUGAUAGACACCGUAGCGGAGAGUAUGCUCCAGUGGACGCACAUCCAGGGCAUACUCGCGGAGCAGCUCAGCCAGGCACGGAGUUUCGUAUCCCAAUAUCAACGAUUCAGUGAGACGCGCCGAUUCAGCGAAAAGAUGAGCGAGAUAAUCGAUGCGCUUGACCGAGACGUCACGACGCAGAUUGAGAAGCUGGAACAAACUGUCCGCGAUCUCCUCCAGAUAGAAUUUGCUUGGGUUACCAUCAACGAAGCUCAUCGGUCGACAAGUCUUGCGGCCAGCUUACAGCGGCUCAGCUGGAUCACGUUUAUCUUUUUGCCACUUAUGUUUGCGUCGAGUCUCUUCGGAAUGAACGUAGACGUGCUCAAGAACGACCCCAGCUGGCGCUGGUAUCCCCUCGUAGGAGGCGUGCUGCUCCUACUUACACUGGCAGUAUGGAUAUCGUCGAAAUUCACCAAUGUGGACCAGAUAGAACACAAGACAAGAGCCAUGGCAAAACGAUCAAUGCUGCGGCUGCGCCCUGUCAAGAAAGAGUUUACCACGCAGAAAACAGGCUGGUUAUAGCACAGCACAUAGUAGUACAGUUAGACACUAUAGACCGCCAAUGAAUCAGGCAACCAGGAUACAUCCACCUAACACAAUCAGCUUAAACCCGUUCCCAACCAGUCGCGUCAACGCGUUAGGGAAUCACGUCCCCAUUGGACA